AUGAGUCUUUCGUUUCCAACUCUCAUGUUGCUAUUAAUGGUGGCUGCAUAUGCAGCAGAUCUAUCUUCAAAUCCGUCGACUAGAAUCGAGGACUUUCCGGACAUUGAUUAUGACUUGGACUUCGACGAUGUUACAGUAACAGAGGCCUCAAAUGGAACCAAAGGACUAACGGGAGCCACAAUUAUAACGGGAACCACUAUUUCCUCAAUCGUAACCGCAAAUGAUCUCAAAACUGGUACCACAGGUCGUCCUAUAUCUGCUUCUACUCCAGCUACUACUAUUUCCACAACAAGAGAUUCCACAGCAACUGGCUCUACAAUAACUGUUUCCACCACACUUUCUACAACAGAUGAAUCUUCACCGUCUGAUUCUACCACGGACUCUUUAACAACGGUCCCGUCUGCCCCGCCUGCCCCGCCUGCUCCGCCUGCCUUAACAACUGAUUCCACAACAGAUAAAUCCACAACUUCCUUUUCCACCACAGAUUCAACAACAGAUUCCAUAACUGAUUCAACAACGGAUUUAACAACAGAUUCAACAACAGAUUCCACAACAGAUUCAAAAACAGAUUCAACAACAGAUUCAACAUCAGGUUCAACAGAUAGUUCUUCAGCUUCCGUUUCCACCACAGACUCAGCAACAGAUUCCACCACAAAUAAAUCUACAACCUCUGCCUCCUCCACAGAUUCAACAACAGUUCCUUCCACCACAACUGAACAGCAAACGGAAGACGAAAUCAUUUUGGCUCUCUUGGCAGAAAGUUUCGCUGCUCUAAUUGAGUCCGAUUCUUUAAUUAAUGCCAUCGGCACAUUUAACUGGAACAUAAGCGCAGGCCUUGACAAUCAGUCAGAGUAUUUUGGCCUAAUCGAAAAUACAGAAGAGCUCCUGCAAAACACGACGAAAGCGCUUUUAUAUUGGGAGGCAGAACUUCUUCAAGAUGUCGUCAAUUCCAUACAAAAGAUAGACUUAUUUGCCAACCGCACAAGCGAAACCAUAACUCAUUUGCUUAGAUUGCAAAAGUUUAGCCACGAUCGAAUCAAGGACCUUGGUGGUAAACUUAAAGCAACCCAAGAUGAAAUCCUUCGCAGCUCUAAGGGAUUGGACAAAAAGCUCAACUUUGUUGGCCAAAUACUUAGGACAUACAUCGAGCCAAAAGUAAAUGGCUUAACAGAAUCGUUGGCCACUUUAAAUACUUCCCAAGUCAUUUCUCAAAUUGAGCUGGAGAACCUGCCUAUAGUUGGGAACCUUACCAAGGCUUCUAUUAUUAAGAUGUCGUCUUUGAAUAACCAAAUAUCUAUAUUCAACCAAGCUCAAGAAAGCCGUUUCUACGCACUAGACAUUGAAGUUAAGUCCUUGGCUCCCACUAAACUCAACGCGAUAGACGAUCUCUUUCAGACUCUAAGUAUUUCCCAAAAACGAACCGAUUUGGCAUUAACCAUAUGCGGAUCAUCGGACUUUUAUCCCAAUAGCUAUUCUAGUCGUUUGGAGAACAAUCAAAUUCACUACGUCAACUACGACUCAGAAAACUCGAAAAUAGAUAACCCUGAAGAGAUUUCAAGUGCCGAGGAUGACAUUUGACUUCCUCCAGUAAUAGUAAACUGAAGAUAGUUAAA